GGCGGUUUCUUGAAAAGUGAAACGGUCGACUUUUCCUAACAGCAUCCUGUAGUGUUGGGGCAGAGCAAUGGGUGAAAGUAACAACCUGGUGAGUGGUAUAUCCACCCAGAACGACAGCAUUGCAGCAGCCGUAAUGAAAGAGCGAAGUGAAGCCGAGUCCUUGAAGACGGCAGUUGGUGUGGUUGUGAACUUCUUGUGGAUGCGGCUUAAUAAGCCUAUAGUAAUUGGAGUGGGAAUCCUGGUCCUUACUUGGUUAGUAAUGAGGAGGUCAUGUCUUUAUUUAAGGCAUGUGCUGAAGUGCUGUCAAAGAAGAUGCUUCAGAACACCAUUCCAAAAGAACAGUAUUGAUCAAAAGGUUGAUCUAAUGGAGUAUGCCGUGAGAGAGUGGAAAGGUACCACAGAGGCAGCUAAGCUGAUGAAAAAGGGCUACAGAGAAGUCUACAAGAACCAUAACAUUAAGCACAUACGUCGAGUGCGAGGUGAUAACUACUGUGCAUUGAGGGCAACAUUAUUCCAGGUGUUGAUACGGGGCUUACCUUUGCCAACAUGGAUUAAGGAGCAAGAUAUAGUCAAGAUCCCUGAAAAGCUCCUUUACUCUCAGGGUUGUAACUGGAUACAACAGUACAGUUUUGGACCAGAGAAGUACACUGGCAUCAAUGCAUUUGGAAAGCUUCGCAAGUGUCUUGAGAUGCUCAAGAGUCAGUGGAAUGAAAUGAACAGCAUAAGGGACCAAGAAAAACGAGAAGAAAUGUGCAAGGUACUUUUCUCUGAUGAAGACAAGGAAUACAAGCUGUAUGAGGCAGUGAAGUUCCUUAUGCUUUACUUGGUAAUAGAGUUCUAUGAAGAAAUGAAAAAUGGUGGGAACUUUCCUGGAUUUGUUACUUUCUUAUUUGCACGAGACACUUCAAGUGAUCCCUUAAGUUUUAUGAUGAACCACCUUAACCAUAUAGGUGAUACUGGUGGACUGGAGCAGAUUGAAAUGUUUCUCCUUGGAUAUUCACUGGAGUUGAAGAUAAGAGUGUUUCGAAUCAGCAAGUAUAAAACUGAAGAGUUUCAAUCCAUUUAUCCUGAAGAGUAUGGUAGAGAAUGGCAGGAAGUAAUCCUUCUCACUGAAGAUGAUCGACAUUAUAAUAUACCUGUUAUAGCAAAGUAAUAUGUUACAGAUAUGGCAUGAACUAUGCAGUCACAAUAAUGUUUUUUAUCCCUCAAAUGAGCAAACCCUAUAGCUGAGGGAAAUCUUGACUGUGUAAAAAAAUAACAGCAGUCCACCACUGUAGACCAAACAUGAAAUGUAAUGUGAUGCAGUCAUAAUCGCUGCAAUGCGCAUUUGUGGAGCUUUUGUCUGCGCUAACUUCCAGACUAACAGUACAAAUAACUGUGUCCACAUUGUGAAUAAGGAUUUAGUUAUCCCAUAUUGUAUCAUUUGUGCAAAAAAAUCCCUUCUCUGAAAGAAAGUGGUCAAGUAAAUCUGAACCUAUACUAUGGUUUUAAGAGAGUCGAUACUGUCAAAGGAACAGGCAUGCAAACAGCAUGGCAGAUGGCGGUUUCAUUUGGCAAGUGGUGGCAGCUGGCUGGAGUUUUUAAAUAAAAAUGAAUUAAUGUUUUUUUUUUUCCCAGA